ACUUCCUGGUUUGAUAACGCACACGCCAUUGGUUAGUUUCACAAGUCGGCUGAUGUACCGGCUCGAGUGGUUUUACGCCGUUACUUAUUUCGUAACAUAACCGCGUAGAGCACUUCUGUGGCGUGUUAAUCGCAGCGUUAUUAGCAGGAGUGCUGCUCUUUUGCCGCCGCUAGCUUCGUUCGAACACAUCGGAAACCGAUCUCUUGGCAGCUAGCAUAAUACCACCCAGCCGUGGCUAACAGAAGCUAACUGUAGCUAGCUGCUCCGUGUUGACAGGUCUGCUCGCGUCAUCGUAACAAUGGGCGAAGAAAUUAACGACAACAACAUUAACACAUGCAUCGGGUCUGCCAUUAACGCCAACAGUGAAACCAUAGAGAGUGAUGUCAAAUAUUACACGUUAGAAGAAAUACGAGUGCACAACAUGUGCAAAGACGCGUGGCUCAUCGUCCACGACAAAGUCUACGACAUCACAAGUUUCCUUGAAGAGCAUCCAGGAGGAGAGGAGGUUUUGCUGGAGCAGGCCGGUGCAGACGCCACAGAAAGCUUUGAGGACGUAGGUCAUUCCACAGAUGCACGGGAGAUGCUCCUGCAGUACUACAUCGGAGAGCUUCAUAUGGAUGACAGGACAAAGAACAAUACAAAGGAGGUAGAUAUGACAGAUUCAGAGUCCGGCCCCUCGUGGAGCACCUGGUUGAUACCUGCCAUCGCUGCAGCGGUUGUUGGUAUCAUGUAUCGCUACUACGUGUCCUCCUGAGUGCUGCUCUUCUCUUUUUCAUCUGAUUAUUUUUCAUCUGGAGGACUUGAAAUGUUUGACCAAAACCUCCUCACACUAAAUGCAUCAAAUGUGAAGUGUCUGCAUCUUGUGCGACUACAUAUGCAGGGACACACAUUGAUAAAAUACAAAGUGUGUAUCAUCGUUGGUCAGAGAGUGAUGAAUUGUCUUUCUUCACUUUGUCUCUAUGCAUGUUGUCAUUACUGUUAAUAUAUUCUCUUUCAUAUGCGUUGGAUUCCGUUUGGUUGUCGGUGGUUUCCUAUUUCUCUGCUCAACAGCCUUGAUACACGUGUGUAACAGCUAACAAAUACACUACAUUAUUACACCCAUAUGCAUUUUCUUCGGCUUCAAUAAAGUGAGACGUAUAAAAGCUAUCGAAGCUCAUCCACUCCUUAGUUCACAAAUGCUUCAUCACAUUUAUCAUUUGGUUGUAAUUGCAAAACCUCUCCAAUUAUGUUAAUGUAACGUCAAACAUUUGCUUCUUUUUAAUUAAAAGUGAUUUUUACAUAGAAUAACUUUCUCUGACUCAAUCUUAAAACUUUCUAGGAAUUUGUAAGCAUUCAAAAUCCAUAAUCCAUAGAUAUAAAUGAAUCUAAUAUGUUAUACAGAUAUAUUAGCAUGUAGUAAGUACCCUUGACUGAGGAAAAUUAUAUAUUUGAUUGUCCUGUUUUAAAGUUUCGUCACUUUCUACUAUUCAGCUGAUGUUUUUCUACAACUGUCUUUAUUUUGCAUCUACAUCGAGUGUUUUGGUGAAUUAUGCUGAACAAAGACUUGCUGUCUUUUCUUCUUUAGCCUUUCCAGAUGUUCUUAAGUCACACAGAUGUACGUUUUCAAGUCACUGUUGGUUACUGCACAUAUUUAACAUAUUUUAGUUAUUCAGCCUUUUAAAAAACAACUUUUCAACAUUGAAUAUGUUUUGCAUAGCACUUCUGAAAUCUGUCAUUUCAUCUUGUAAUCUCUCUGCCAUUGUCUGUCCUUGAAUGUUUUGAAUAAAAUCAAUAUUUCAAAUGCAA